AUGUAUUAUUUAGUGACUACAUAUGAAAUAAUUGUGUAUACUGGUGGCAAAAGAAACGCUGGUACAGAUAGUCAAGUUUAUGUAACAUUAUUUGGAAAAAAUGGAAAAAAAACAGGAAAAAUUCAUUUACAAAAUUCUAACAAUAAAGAUCCAUUUGAACGUAAUCAAGCAGAUAAAUUUCAUGUUCAAGGUGAAUAUAUUGGAGAAUUAAUUAAACUUCGUAUUGAACAUGAUAAUUCUGGUCUAUUAUCUGGCUGGUUUCUUGAUCGAAUUGUUGUGACAGAUCUUAAUGAUUCAAAAACGAAAUAUACUGCAACAUGUAAUAAAUGGUUAGCAAAAGAUGAAGAUGAUAAACAAAUAUCUCGAGAACUUAUAUUAACUAAACAAGCAAGUGGAAUAAAAACGAAGAAUCAAUAUAAAAUAACAAUUUAUACUGGAAAUAAAAAAGGCGCUGGAACAGAUGCUAAUGUAUUUAUUACUCUUUAUGGUAAUUUAGGUGAAACAGGUGCAAUUAUGCUUGAUAGUAAAAAGAAGAAUUUUGAAGUUGGACAAAAAGAUGAAUUUACAAUUGAAUGUCCAAGUGUUGGUGAAUUAAAUAAAAUUUUAAUAGCACAUAAUAAUAAAGGUUUAGCAGCUGGUUGGUUUUUAGAUCGAAUAUUAAUUGAAGAUCUUAGUAAUAAUCAUACAUAUGAAUUUCCAUGUUAUAAAUGGUUAGCAAAAGAUGAAGAUGAUAAACAAAUAUCUCGUUUUCUUUUUCCAAAAAAAUCCACUAAUUAUGAGAAAGAACCAACAACAGCUAUCUUUACAGAUGUUGGUAUUUCAUAUACUAUAACAGUGUAUACGGGUAAUAAAACAAAUGCUGGUACGGAUGCACGAGUUUAUAUAGUUAUGCAUGGUAAAAAUUCAUCGUCAAGUAAAAUAUUCUUAAACAAUGGAAAAUUUGAAAAAAAAUCUAUCGAUAAAUUUACAAUUGAUGUUCCAAUUAAUCUUAGUCCAUUAGCAGCAUUAGAUAUUGGACAUGAUAAUAGUGGAAUUGGAUCUGGAUGGUAUCUUGAUAAGGUUAUUGUCGAAUGUCCAAGUACAGGUAUUAAACAAACAUUUCCUUGCAACAAUUGGUUAGCUGAUAAUGAAGGUGAUAAACGUAUUGAACGUCGAUUAAAAGAAGAUUUAUCAUUACGUGAAACUAAUCCACCAGCUAUUCCAUGGUAUAUAUGGAUAUAUACAAGUGAUAAGAAAGGAGCAGGUACAAAUGGUCAAGUAAAUCUUGUUCUUUAUGGUUAUAAUGGAAAAUCAAAAACUAUUAAAUUAGAAAGAAAAUCAGAUACAUUUCAACAAGGUCAUUGUGAUCAAUUUGCAACUGAUAUACAUGAUAUUGGUAUCCCAUUUAAAUUACGUGUUAAUCUUAAUAAUUAUAAUUUAUCUACAUCAUGGCAUCUUGAUCGAAUUGAAAUGCAAAAUCUUAAAACAAAUCAACAAUAUACAUUUCAUUGUGGAAGAUGGUUAUCAAAAAUAGAAGAUGAUAAACAAAUUAUUCGAGAAUUACCAGCUGAAGGAUCAGGAAUAUCAAGACCAUUACCAAUUAUUAAAUAUAUAGUUGAUGUAUAUACAGGAAAUAAAACUGGUGCUGGUACAGAUGCAAAUGUUUUUAUUAAUAUUUAUGAUGAAUGCGGUGAUACAGGAGUACGCUACUUAGAAUAUUCAUUAAAAAAUAAAGAUAAAUUUGAACAAAAUCAAGUUGAUAGUUUUAUUAUUGAAGCUGUUUUAUUAAAACAAAUACGAAAAAUUCGAAUCGGUCAUGAUGGCACUGGAUCACAUUCUGGAUGGUUUUUAAAUAAAGUUGUCAUUCGUCAAGAUGAUCAACGUUCUGAACCAACAACAUUUAUAUGUAAUAGAUGGUUUGCUGUUGAUGAAGAUGAUGGAAAAAUUGUUCGUGAAUUAACAUUAACACAACAUUUAGAUAAAAUAACAUAUAAUAUUAAAAUAAAAACUGGUGAUAUUUUUCAAGCUGGUACUGAUGCUGAUGUACAUUUGAAAAUAUUUGGUGAAAAAGGUAAUACAGAUAGAAUUCAACUUAGAACAACUAACAAUACACGAGAUCAAUUUGAACGUGGACAAAUUGAUAAUUUUACAUUUGAAAUUUAUGAUCUUGGCAAAAUUGAACAUAUACUUAUUGGACAUAAUGGAAAAAAUUCUGGUGCAGGAUGGUUUCUUGAUUGGAUUGAAAUUAAUGUACCAAUCCGACAUGAACUUUAUAGAUUUACUUGCAAUCGUUGGUUAGAUAAAAAAGAAGGUGAUGGAAAAAUUGAACUUGAUUUAAAACCAUCUGACAUAACUAAAAAACCAACUCUUAUUCCAUAUGAAGUAACAGUUUUUACGGGUGACAAAGCUGGUGCUGGUACAGACGCGAAAGUAUUUAUUCAAAUAUAUGGUUCAUAUGGUAAAACAGAAGAAAUUAUUCUUUCAAAUAGAUCGGAUUCAUUUGAAAGAAAAUCAGUUGAUCAAUUUAAAAUCGAAGCUCCUGAUAUAGGACCAAUUCAAAAAAUUCGAAUUGGUCAUCAUUCAGAAAAUUUUGGUGCAUCAUGGUAUCUUGAAAAAGUACUUAUUCAACGAUAUUUAACUUUUAAAUCUGAUCAAUUAAAACAUCUAAAACAAAUUAAUACAUCAAAUCCAAAUGUUGAAGAAUAUUGGUUUAUUUGUCGACAAUGGUUUGAUAAAGAUCAAGGUGAUAAACAAACUAUUCGAGAAUUAUUACCAACAAUUUAUGAACAUGACAAUGUAAUAAGUAAUAAAAAAGUAACUUAUCUUGUACAUGUUUUUACGGGUGAUAAAAGUGGUGCUGGUACAGAUGCAAAUGUUUUUCUAACAAUAUAUGGUCAAAAUAAAGAUUCAGGAGAACGUCAAUUAAUUAAAUCAAAAACAAAUAGCAAUAGAUUUGAACGAAAACAAGAAGAUAUUUUCGAAAUCAAAUCUCUAUCAUUGGGAAGAUUAACAAAAAUUAAAAUUCGACAUGAUAAUAAAGGACUUUCUUCUGCAUGGUAUCUUGAUCGAAUUGAAAUUGCUGAUCCUGACACUGGCUUCAGAUAUUAUUUUAUAUGUGAAAAAUGGUUAGCUGUUGAUGAAGGUGAUAAAAUGCUAUCACGUGAAAUUUAUGCAUCUGAAAAUAAAUCACAUGAUCUAUCAUCUGUAUGUCAAAUUACAACUUAUCGAAUUAAUGUUAUUACUUCGGAUAAAUUUGGUAGUGGUACUAAUGCUAAGGUUUAUAUAAUUAUAUUUGGUGAACUCAAUAAUACAGGCAAAAUUUCAUUAGUUACAUCAAAAACAAAUAAAGAUCCAUUUGAAAAAGGUCAUAAAGAUCUGUUUGAAAUAGAAACAAUAGAUAUUGGUCAACCAAAAAAGAUUAUAAUUGGUCAUGAUGAAUCAGGUUUCGCAUCAGAUUGGUUAUUAGAACGUGUAGAAAUUGAUAUACCAACAUUAGGUCAUACAUGGAUAUUUCCAUGUGGAAAACGGAUACGUAAAACAACAAAUAAUGUUCAAGCAGAAGUUGAAUUAUAUCCAAUUGAAAUGUCAACUGGAAUUAAGACAUCAUAUGUUCCAUAUGAAAUAAAAGUUUAUACAUCAAAACUUUCUGGUGCAGGAACAGAUGCUAAUGUUUAUAUUCAAAUUUAUGGUCUUAAAAAAUCAACUGAUCAAGUUAUGUUACGUAAUACAACAGAUCGACAAGGAAAAUUUUACAUGGGUUCUAUUGAUACUUUUAUACAUGAACUUGAAGAUGUUGGAGAUUCUAUUGAAAAAAUUCGUAUUGGACAUGAUAAUCAUGGUUUUGAUACAGCAUGGCAUUUGGAUCGUGUUGAAAUUCGUCGAUUAAUUAAAGGUCAAAAGACAAAAAGAUAUGUAUUUCGAUGUAAUUGUUGGUUGGCUAAAGAUAAAGAUGAUGGAUCUAUUGUACGUGAACUUAUUCCAGAAAAUUUUAUUGAAGAAAAAUUUAUUAAAAAAUAUCUAGUGGAUGUUUAUACAGGUGAUAAAUCUGGUUCUAGUACAGAUGCUAAUGUUUUUCUAACAAUUUAUGGAGAUAAAAAUGAUACAGAUGAACAUGAAUUAAAAUAUUCUCAAACAAAUAAAAAUAAAUUUGAAAGAAAUCAAAUCGAUAGAUUUAUAAUUGAAAAUAAUGAUUUAGGAAAUAUUUAUAAACUUAAAAUUCGACAUGAUAAUAGUGGAAUGUUAGCUGAUUGGUUUUUAGAAAAAAUUGAAAUUAAAGAUGAAAAACAAACAUAUAUAUUUAAUUGUAAACAAUGGUUAGCAAUGGAUAAAAAUGAUUCAAAACUUGAACGAAUAUUUUAUGAAAAGAAAUAUCAAGAUUUAAUGAAUGGUACAAAAUCUGUGUCUCAUACAACAGAAAAAUUUAUUCCUUAUAUUGUUAAAAUAAAAACUGGUGAAGCAUCUGAUGCUGGUACAUCAGCAAAUGUAUUUAUUCGUUUAAUUGGUUCCAAAGAUCGUCAAACACCUAUGAUGCGAUUAGAAGUAACACAUCGACGAUAUUUUGAACCAGGAAAAAUUGAAACAUUUCCAUUACAAGAACUUGAUAUUGGUGAUAUUGAAAUGGUUGAAAUUGAACAUAAUGGUAAUACAUUAGCUGAUAGUUGGUUUCUUGAUAGUGUUAUUGUUGAAAUGCCAACAAAAGGACGAACAUUUUAUUUUGUUUGUAAUGAUUGGUUAUCAAAAUGUAAAGGUGAUGGAAAAACUAAACGUAUACUAAAAGUACAAGGUUUAAAUAACAUAUCAGUUCGUCCAUUAUUGCCAUAUGUAGUAAAGAUUUAUACAGGACAUAUGGAUAAUGCUGGUUGUGAUUGUGAUGUUAGUUUGAGAUUAUUUGGUAUGUUAGGUUCAUCAUCGGAAUAUAUGAUACGAAAACAAGGAGGAAAUUUUGAACAAUCAGCUGUUGAUAUGUUUCAAUGUGAAUUUGAAGAUGUUGGUAAACCAAUUAAAUUACGUGUAGCAAUUUUUCCGAAAUCUAUACAUGGUCGAAAUCAUUGGUAUUUAGAAAAAAUUCAACUUAUUAAACAUGCAAAACAAAAUAUAAAUGAAGAAACAUAUUCUUUUGUGCUUAAUAAUUGGAUAGGACAUGGAACAGAUUAUUAUUUUGAUAUACCAUAUUAUAUAAAUCAAUGUGAUUCGUUAAUAUCAAAUGGAAUAGUUCAAUAUGAAAUAGUAGUUGUUACUUCAGAUUUACAAAAUGCUGGAACAACACAACAUGGAUGGAUUAUUAUUGAAGGAAAUAAAAAUAGAUCAGAAAAAUUUUUAAUGAAAAAUACAGUACAUCAAAGAAUUCUACAGCGUGGACAAACCAAUACAUUUACCUUUGGUUGUCAACCUCUUGGUGAAUUACGUCGUAUUAUUUUGGGUCAUCAAGAACAACAUGAACAUCUAUUUAAAACACAUGAAGAUGAUGGAACUGUGUGGCAUGUUUCACAUAUUACUAUAACUGAUCUAUCAACAGGCAUCAAAUAUGAAUUUCCAGUACAACAGUGGAUUACUAUUAAUAAUGAUGGUGAUAUUUUUGAUUAUAUGAAUAACAGAGAAUAUUUUAUUACACAAGAACAUCUUCGUCGUGUAAUUAAAUAUAAAAUUAUUGUUCAUAAAGGUUAUGUAUCAGGUGCUAGUACAGAUACGGAUGUAUCAAUUAUACUUUAUGGUACUCUUGGUAAUACGGAUAGUGUAAUAUUAAAAAAAAAUAAUCAAAAUCUAUUUGAACUUGAUGGAGUUGAUGAAUAUGUUAUUGAAUGUUCAGAAUUAGGUAAAUUAACUAAAUUACAUGUUGAACAUCAUAAGUCUAUGUUGUCAUCGGAAUGUUUUCUUGAUCAAAUUGAAGUUAUUAAUAUGAAUACAAAUGAAAAAGUAUUAUUUCCAUGCAAACAAAAUUUUGGAACACAAUAUAAUGAUCAUGAAAUUCAACGAGAUUUAUUACCAAUUUAUACAUCAUAA